CCGCGCAGAGCAGCAGAGCCCGUCACAUGGUCCGUGUAGUUAGCGCCCUGAAAAACAGACAUUUGUACAGUGAAUUAACUCUCAGACUUCUCACAAGUACACGUGAAAACAGCUUUACUGCACAAUAAAAGUACACAUUUGUAGCUCCAGGACCUCAUGUACCGCCAUGAACCAAGACCGACAGAAGCGCAAGGAGGAGAUUCAGAAAGCUCUGGCUUUUAUUCAAUCGUCGCUGCCGUACCCCGACCCGGACGGCUACGAGGGCUUCCUCGUGCAGCUGGUGUGUAAUCUGUUGGACGAAGGUAACGCGGCGUUCCGGGAGGGCGACUGGACGCUGGCACGAGGUCACUUCGGCGAGGGAGUGAGCGUGGCGAGAUACGCGCAGGCCGAGGGAGUGACGGUUCCUGCGGCGCUGCUCGAGAGUCUUUACGUGAACAGAGCUGCAGCACAACACAACAUGGGGGAGCUGGAGGCGAGUGUGAGGGACUGUGACAGCGCUCUGAGUGUGUGUAAGGACAGCGGCAGGGCUCUGUACAGGAAGGCCGUGUGUCUGAAGACGCUCGGGCGAAUUAACGAGGCAUACGAGUGCAGCACUGCCUGUUUAAUCAGCUGUCCACAGGAUGAGAGGGUGAAGGAACUGGCUCAGGAUUUGGCCGACAGUUUGGGUGUACAGACGUGUAAAGGCUACACUGGUGUACAGCAGGGUGUAACUGAGACUAACAGAGAAAACCUGCCUUCACUGGAGGUUUCUAAUGGACUGGAUGCCUUGUGUGACGUCAAUGAUACGUCCCCCGUCCUGCCCGCCCCGGUCCCUGUCAGCGACACAUCUGAGGAGCCGGCCUUGUGUCUGUCGGUGCCCGUGUCUGAGCAGCUGGGGGACUGCGAGCUGGUGGGGGACGAGCUGGACACGCUGCUGGACUGUGUCUCCAAGGAGGAACAACUCCCACAGACUCCCUGUAAAGGCAGCGUUGUCCCCACUAAUGUCCCUGUGAUGACUCUGCGUCCUCCGUUCCCUCCACUCCUCCCUGCUCCCUCCCCGUGUCUUCCUCCUGCGUUCUUCCCCUCGGCCGUCACUCACCUGAACACGCUGGACUUGUUCUGUGAAGCGAGUCGUGACCCGUCUCUCUUGGUCAGACCCCUGGAUUCGCUCGACUCCUUCUCUCAGGCUUUACCUCAGGGAUCAUUGCCUCACCGGCUGCCUCUAGUGGUGGGAGGAGAGGGACUCGACUCGCUCUCAGAGUUCACGCUGCCUGGUGGUAAAGUCUCACACAGUUUCCUUCCUCCAGUGAAGAUUAGCAGCUCAUCAAACUGUGUGAACGCUGUUUACGUGAAUGGUCAUGUGACCUCCACCUUAUCCCAGCUCUCUAAGAAUCCUCUUGAACACACACACGACUUCACUCAAGCCUGUUCAGCCUGUUUUAUACGUACAGGCACAGGAGUGUUGGACUGUGAGUUCAGGUCUGAUUUGUCUCACAGCUGUAAGAAAGACACCCUGCUGUGCAGGAGAAAAGGCGGAGUCAAUCUGCCCUGGAGGCGUGUCCGGCCACGCCCAGCUCGAAGCAACUUCCAGGGUCCAUAUGUGCUCUGUAAAGAGGUUCUAGAGCGGCAGGACUGUAAAUACGGCGAGGCCUGCACCUUUGCAUACUGUCAGGAGGAGAUUGAUGUGUGGAUGCAGGAGAGGCAGGGCUUACUGACCCGGGAGCUGCUCUUCAACCCGCUUUCCUCCAAUCAGAGACAAGCACUGAGUGUCAUCAGACUACUGACUAUACAUGGUGGCAUGUUUAUGUUCCUUUGUGAGGGCUGUUUUGACAGUAGACCCAGGACCAUCAGUAAACGCUGUAAGGAGAAUCCGUCCUUGUGCUCCAGUGUGGUCUCGCACCAUCAGUUUGACAGAAACAAGUGUCUGGUGCACGUAGUGAAGAACAGCAGCAGUGUGUGUUACAGUAAGAUCAGACCCCUCAGCGCGCAUCGUCAGUUUGAUGUGUGUCGUCACGAGGUGCGUUACGGCUGCCAGCGGGACAAAAACUGCAGCUUCGCUCAUUCACUCAUCGAGCUUGAGUGCUGGAUCCUGCAGAAAGACCACGGCACCACUCAUGAGGAGGUUGUACAAGAAUCUAAGAAACACUGGAACAAGCAUAGACAAGUCAACGUUUCCCAAACCAACGGCACUGUAUCCAGAUGGGAGGGGCAGAACAAAUGGGCGGAGUGGAAUGGGAAGGCGGGGCUUGACCGAGCCUCGGGAGCAGGAAACGUGUCGGGGGUGAAAGGUCACGAUCUGCGCCUGACGAUGAAGUUCGUGUGCAGUCAGUGUUGGAGCGUCGGGUUGCAGAGCGAACCGGACAGAACGCUCAAAUACUGCAGUGCUAAAGCACGACACAGCUGGAUUAAAGAACGGCGGGUGCUUUUGGUGAAGUCCCUCGACAGGGAGAAGUGGGUGGCCGUGCGACCUUUACCUUUUGCCAAGACGUUCCCUCAGCAGUACGACAUCUGUGUGCACGUGCUAAAGGAGAAGAAGUGUAAUUACAUCGGGAACUGCACGUUCGCCCACAGCCUGGAGGAGAAGGAGCUGUGGACCUACAUGAAGAACACCGGCUCGCGGGACCUGCAGCAGGUGUAUGACACGUGGUCAAUGAAAGCCAAUCAGAUGAAGAGACUUGAGGGUGCUAUGGCAUCCCCGCUCGGAGAGGAGAAGCAGAUCACCAUGCCGACAGACUUCGCUGAAGCUGGUGACGGUUUUCACUGCCGCCUGUGUGGGAAGCACAGUAACGGUGAGCGUCAGUGGCAGAAGCACAUCUCAUCUGAGAAGCAUAAAGAGCGCGUGCUGAGUGGUGCAGGUGAGGAGGAGAGUCUGACCUGGGUACACCGCUUCCCGGGACCGUACUUCUCCCUCUGUCCCAGGUUGGAGGGAGGCUGCGCCGAUGGCGUGAGCUGUGACUACGCUCACAGUGAGGACGAGCUCCGGGAGUGGCAUAAGAGGCGGGACUUCCUGCGCAGGAGGCUGGAGAGUGCGCGAGCCGACAUGCUCAUCGCCCCCAACGACCACGACUUCGGGAAGUACAACUUCCUCCUACUGGACUGAGAAAAACACACACACACACACACACACACACACACACACUUCUACAUCCAUUUGAUCCACCACACACUGAUGUACCAUUCAUACUUUUUCUCUGUUCGUUGUUUUACUUAUUUUUUUAUACACACGUAAACAUUUUCCGAUGGCGAAUCCCAGCGCAGUUUCAGUAUCAGCACCAGAGAUAUAAACAGUGCCCCUGUAGACCACCCAGACACAGCCGCACACAGCCGCACACAGCCGCACACAGCCGCACACAGCCACACACAGCCACACACAGCCGCUUGCGUACUUAAAGUCGUGUUUAAACCGAACCCUUCGACCCCCAGCGCCGCUGCUCUGUGUAACCUGCGCUGACCAUCAGAUAAACACACAACCGAAAUGAUGACGAUGAAGAUGAUGAUGAUGACGAGUCUUACAGGGUUUUUUUUGGUAUGGUUUGGUUUGGUUUACCAGCUGAUCUCAAAGCUUCACUGAGCCUAAACAUCUGGACCUUCGUCUGCCGCUGCCGUAGAGCUGCUUUUAUUCUACACGUGUUCAGUCACACAGCUGCAGUGUGCAGACGGUCAGAAAUAAAAACAAACCCGUGGUGAAAAGAGCAGGAUGAUGAGAAACCAUGAGAGAGGAGAAGCUUUUACACUCAGCCGCCCCAUAGUGCACCACCGGCACAGAAGGGGCGGAGCUUGUAGCACAUCAACAGCACCAUGUGAACCAGACCUGAAGCUCAGUCUUCUUACAGCAUCGAGCUCAGUUUCAGAAGGAUUAAAGUCUCAGCUGAUCUUCAGUGUGUUUUAGAUUUCAUUUCUUUUUUUUAGGUGUAGUGAUAAUCUUAACUUAUCGUGUGUGUGUGUGAGAGAGAGAGAGAGUAUGUGUGUUUUUGUUUAUACGUGUGUGUGUGUGUGUGUGUGUGUGUGUGUGUGUGUGUGUGUAUACAUAUAUAUGACGAUAAAUGAGAUAGGAGCACUUUUUGCACUAAGCCGCCUCAUCAGGCACCAAAAGAAAAGAAUGUGUGUAUGUGCAUGUGUUUGUGUGUCUGUGUGUGUAUCUGUGUGCAUGUGUGAGUGUGUGUAUCUGUGUUUGUGUGUGUAUCUGUGUGCACGUCUGUGUGUGUUUAUGUAUUUUGUGUGUGUGUGUGAGUGUGCAUGUCUGUGUGUGUAUCUGUGUGCGUGUGUGUUUGUGUGUGUAUCUGUGUGCACGUCUGUGUGCGUUUGUGUGUAUCUGUGUGCGUGUGUGUCUGCGUGCACGUCUGUGUGUAUACAUGUGUGUUUGUGUAUUUUGUGUGUGUGGGUAUUUGUGUGUGUGUGUGUACAGUAUGUGUGUGUGUGUGUACGUGCAUGUCUGUGUGUGUAUACAUGUGCGUUUGUGUAUUUUGUGUGUGUGAGCACGUCUGUGUGUAUACGUGUGUGUGGUGUGUGUGUGUGUGUGUGUGAGCACGUCUGUGUGUGUGUGUGUGUGUGUGUGAGCACGUCUGUGUGUAUACGUGUGUGUGUGUGUGUGUGUGUGAGCACGUCUGUGUGUAUACGUGUGUGUGUGUGUGUGAGCACGUCUGUGUGUAUACGUGUGUGUGUGUGUGUGUGUGUGUGUGAGCACGUCUGUGUGUAUACGUGUGUGUGUGUGUGGUGUUGUGUUGAGGGAUUAUUCAGGAUGUAAGAAGGCACCGUGUCCUCGUGUGAUCAGACGGUUCUAAGAGAAAUCUUCUCUAAACCCAAACAAACAGAUGAUGUGUGUGUGUGUGUGUGUACUGUAGUGCAGAAGGACAGAGGGAAAGGAGCCAACCGUGUGUCAGGGUUUCUUUUCUUUUUGUCGUGUCCCUGACCUGGUUUUUAUCUUGAGUUUUGUUUGAUCAGAAGCAGGUGAUGUUCUCGCUCUUCUCCAAAUAGAACCAAAUACAGACGAACCACCCAGUGCCUGAGUGAGAGAUUUACCAGCAUGCAAGAGGCAGCAUCAGUCUCCCUCACACACACACACACACACACACACACACGUCUCCCUGAUCACUCUACCCCACACUCUUAUCUCGGUAAAAUCUCUAGCUUUAAAAGUGACUGAUCUUUUAGCUGAAGUGUGUCAGUAUAAAUCCUACACCGCUCUCUUCUUACAGCUCAGGUCUGUAUUCUGAUUGGUCAGAAGGAGCUGAUUCACUUCCUGGAUCGCAGAUUUAUAUAAAAAAGCUUGCGCUGAUGUUUUUCUGUAGCUACAGCUGGUUCACUCGAAGUACGCUCCAUAAAAUAUUGAGAGGAGGUGAAAUUAACGAGACGGAGAUUGUUGUUGUUUGUUGUUGUUGUUGUUUAUUUCACGUAUAUGGAAGGAAGGAGUGUCCAGUCCCAGAGGUAAAGCUGUAGCGUAAGUUUGAGACGUCUCUCAAGUGUCAGAAGAACGAAGCAAAUCGAAAAUGAUUCAAAUCCACGGAACUUUGCCGUUAUGUUUUAGAACACACACACACACACACACACACACACACACACACCAAGUGUUUAAUCCGUGACUAAAUUCAGAUGAAUCUGCAGUUUUACUCGCACGUCAGUGAUGCCGUGCGACGUGAAAGCAUGCGACGAUGAUUUUUAGCCCCGAGUUUGCGUGAUGCGAAGCUGGUAGCCGUUGCGUCUCCUUCAGUUGUUAGCUACGUGAACUAAAAUGAGAUUUUUUUUUUUUUCCCCUAAACCGACGUUAAAGACUGUUCACGCUCAUCGUGCCUUCGGUGACGAUCACAGUGCCUUCAAGUUCAGUCUGAACCUGAUGAACCUCACCAAGGAGGACAGUGAAGUUAUUCAGCGUCGAUCAUAAAUGCCUUAGAGAAAAUCUCUAGUCGCACACAGCAGCCGUCGGAUGUUUAAAGCUUUAUUUUGUUUGUUGUUUGGUUCUUUGCUUCACGAAGAGAUGAAAUGUUCACGUUCCCUCAGGCACGAAGCUACGAGCUCAGGAGCUGCGGUUGUGAGAUUAUUCCAAACGAACUGAACCUUACACUCAUUCCUAACAGAUACGUUUCCUCAGAAAUAAUUACUCCAAAUGAUCUGGUGGUCAAACAAGAAUAAAAAAAACCUCCAGCUUGAAGUGAAGCCGUCUCAUACAGCCGUGUAACGUAAAAAUAAACGUGUGUAAUCGUUGAUGUGGUGGAUUUUUAUUUUUAAUUUUUUAAAAAAUUUUUUUUAUGGAAGGAGUCUCCAGUUUCAGCUUCUUGUUUCUUUCGGUUGUUUAAACCUUCACGUCUGAGAAGUCGGCAGAAUUUACUCGAACGAAAUGCCAAGUCGUGACGCAGAAGUUUGCACUUAUACAGUAUUUCAUUUCAUAUAUAAUCUCAAAAAGUAUAGAGUCGAAACUUACUCACACGUUCCUCCUCCUCCUCCUCCUCCUCCUCGUCUGCUUCCUCCUUCUUUGUUGGUGUAAAGAUCCUCCAGACCACAGCGACAGUUUAGCUUCGGUUAUGUUUUCGUUUCGACUCCCGUGCUGUCAAAGGGAAAGGUUUUCAUUGGUGGAUUAAACACAGGAAGGAGUUUCUUCACACAGGAAGUCAUGGCUUUCCACUGAGUUUGAUAGACGUUAAAAGAUAAUGAGAAACAUUCAGAACUCUCGUCUGCGUUCCUGAGGUUUGUUUCUUUUCGAAUUCUCUUUAAUCUUCUUUUAAUUGCUGUCAUUCUGUUCUUCACUGUUUGUUUUAUGUAAACCACCACAAGCAAUGGACCAAAUAAUAUGCCAAUAAAUAUUUUUAUAAAAGAA